AUGCCUCGUGGUCAGAAGAGUAAGCUCCGUGCUCGUGAGAAACGCCAGCAGACACGUGCUCAAAACCAGGCUGUCAGCCUUCCUCAGGCCACUGCAGAGAAGGAAGAGGAGUUCCCUCCUUUCCUCCCUGCCUUUCCUUGCUCUUCUCUUUUUGCAGGUGAGAAUCGCCAGCAGACACGUGCUCCAAAGCAGACUGUCAGCCUUCCUCGCGCCAUUGCAGAGAAGGAAGAGGAGUUCCCUCCUUUACCACCUGCCUUCCACUGCAUUUCUAUUUUUUCAGGUGAUGCCCCAGGCUCCUUGGAUGUUUGUAUGUCCCAGGGGUCUGAGGAAGCUCCCGGGGCUAGCUGUCCUGAAGGAGCUGUUGCCUCUAGUAAAUCUGAUGAAGAGGCUGAGAGUCAAGAUGAGGCAGCAGCAAGCAGCUCCCAGGCAUCAGCCUUCGCUCUGAGACCAGCCAGAGAUCCUCUAACCAAGAAGGCGGGCCUGCUGGUGCAGUUCCUGCUGGAGAAGUACAAGAAGGAAGAGCCCAUCCUGAAGAACGAUAUGUUGAAGGUUAUCAAUAAAAGGUACAAAGACCACUUCCCUGAGAUCCUCAGGAGAGCCUCUGAGCGCAUGGAGGUGGUCUUUGGCCUGGAGUUGAAGGUAGUCGACCCUGUUAAUGUGGCCUACAGUCUUGUCAGCAAGCUGAGCUUCUCUGGGGAGGAGGGUACAAGUGAUGAUAAUGGGUUGCCAAAGUCUGGUCUUCUGAUGAUGCUAUUGGGGGUGAUCUUUAUUAAUGGCAACCGUGCCACUGAGGAGCAGAUCUGGGAUUUCCUGAAUGUGCUGGGGGUGCAUGCGGGGAGGAGGCACUUAAUCUAUGGGGAGCCCCGCAAGCUCAUCACCAAAGAUAUGGUGGAGCAAAACUAUCUUGAAUACCGUCAGGUGCCCAAUAGUGAUCCCCCAACUUAUGAAUUCCUGUGGGGUCCCAGAGCUUAUGCUGAAACCACCAAGAUGAAAGUCUUGGAAGUUCUGGCUAAGAUUAAUGAUACUGAACCUACUUCCUUCCCUAAUCUGUAUGAUGAGGCUGUGAGAGAUGAGGAGGAGAGAAGAGGAGGGAGACGUGCUCGCGGGCUUGGCCCUGUUGCUGGGGCCGGGGGCAGGGUCUAG